GUUUAAUUUAAUUUUGUCUAUUAUAUUCAUAGUUCGUAAUAGUCUUUAGAUAAAAGUUUAAUGAGUAAAUUUAAAUAUGUAUUCUAGAUGUGGAAGUAGUGGAUCUAUUCAAAAUAUUCAUCAAACUCCAUCUUCUUCUAAUCAUAAUUCAGAAGACGAAGAUGAUAGUGGCGACAACAAGGCAUCUGCGUUGAGUUUUAAAGAGAGAAGACGAGAAGCACACACGCAGGCCGAACAAAAAAGAAGAGAUGCUAUUAAAAAAGGCUAUGAUUCCCUACAAGAACUUGUCCCUACUUGUCAACAAACUGAUGCUUCAGGAUACAAGCCAAGUAAAGCUACUGUUCUUCAAAAAUCAAUUGAUUACAUACAAUACCUAUUACAACAACGUAGACGUCAAGAAGAGGAGCGUAAUGCAUUGAGGAAAGAUGUUGUUGCUCUAAGAAUUAUGCAGGCGAAUUAUGAGCAAAUUGUUAAAGCUCAACAUUCAGUUCCAGGUCACAGUGAACAGAGGCUCACUGAUCAGGAAAAGUUCCAAGUUUUUCAGGGUAUAAUGGAUAAAUUGUUUGAUUCCUUUGAGUCGGUAACGACAAACAACUUUGCUGAAUUUUCUGCGGGUGUCUUCAACUGGCUAGAGGAAUAUUGUAAACCACAAUCGUUACGGACCUUAGUUCACGGCGUUUUGCGGGAACAAAGUUAUACACCUUGAUAAUAGUUAAAAAAAAUUAUUCAAUACGGCAUUUCGCAUAUCUUCAUGCCUUAACAUAUGAGAUACAAUUCAUAAUCAAUAACUGAGUUUUAAACUCAUUCUAAUAAUUUGUCACAUGAAUAAUGCAUCUAUGUACUUAUGUGUCAAAUAUUUUUGUUUUAAAUUAUAAACAAUGUGUCAAAACAAAUUGAAUAUUAAAUAACAUCUCUUAAUUAUAUAUUAGUUGAAUUGUUGAAUGAUUUAUUUUUUAAAUAAGAUUAGGGAUGCAUCGAUACGCCUUUUUGCCGAUACUUUUAUAGAAAUAUGGUCGAUACCAAUACCAACGCUUAUUGUAUUAAAAUUAAAUUAAGCCAAAUUAUAUCAAGCUUGGUUGAAGUUUUUAAUUUUUAUUAUAAAAUAUAAACAGUCACAAUAAGAAUUAUAAGAAUAAGAUUAAAGGUUUAGUUAUUACAAUGAAUAAUUAAAUUAAAAUAAAAUGAAUAAUUAAAAUUAACAAGAUUUUUGUAAUUCUUUAUUUUAUUUUAUUUGUUAUCGAAGAUAUACUACGAGCGAUAGCAGUUAGAAGCCAACUAAAGUAUCAAGCGAACUGGAAUACGCGGGGACUAAUUAUUAUAUAUAUAUAUUAUAUAUGACGGGCAUAGAUAGUUCUUGCCUCGUUUGCAUUUUUUAAAGCGCAAAAUUUGGAAGCAUUGUUGUAUCCGGUAUAUCGGAAUCGGCAUCGGAUGCAUCUCUAAAUAAGAUAUAUAUAUUUUAAAUGUUAAAUGGGUAGGAUAUAAAUGAAUUUGUGGCCUUUAAUUGCUGUGACGUAAAAUACCUUAAAUCUUUACAACUAUAUAUAAAAUUGUUAUUAUAUCUUCAUUACUUUUCUAUAAUAUUUGUAUGAAUGAUGGAAAUAAUUAAAAACUCCUUAUAUAAUACAAAACAUUGUUAUGCUCAAGUGUAACGCUCACAAGAGUGACUCCGCCUAACUUUUGAACGUAUUGUUAUGACAUAAUAUUGGUGCUAAUUCUUUUGUAAAUCAAAUAAAAUAUAUAUUAAUUCCUCGGUUUUAAACAUAUUUAAUUCAGUCAAUUUAAUGAUUUCCGACAAUCGAGUGACUCGUAGUGUCCGUUGAAUGAAAAAAAUUAAUGAAGGAAUUAGCACUUGUAUUGCACCGCAAAUGAAAUGUUUCCAUUAAUAGCCCUAUUAUAAAUGAAGACGAAAAAUGGUACAUUUUCUGACGAUUUAGAUUUGGGGCUGCUUGUUGCGUAAUGGUUUUGCUUUAAUUGUUAAAAUGUUCCAAACAUCGUAAGGGAAACAUUAAUUGUAACCAGUUUUCUUUUCGGGAAUCUUUACGUAACAUUUGGAUAAUUUAAAUUAGAUUUAUAUAUAUUCAGACAUUUUUAUACUGGAACGAAAAAAAUAGAAAGUGAUUAUCAUAUUUGUUGACUAAUUAUAAUAUUAUUGGAAUUAGGGAUAGUUGGUAAUGCCUAUGUUGAUUAUGUCAUAUUUUAUCACGAUAAAUAUAUUUCUAUUUACAUUA